UCGAGAAUUUCAGAUGCACCGAGUUACGUCGAUGACAUGAUACAAUCGUGGUAUAAGUACUUCAAGGAUGUAUCAGGUAGGAGUAUGCCGUCCUGUCCCACCCUCCCAUCACCAAAGUUUUUUCCUAUCCCAAGAUGGCUGUGCAACUUCUCACCCAGGCCGACGGCUAUGGCAUCAUCAUUGGUCUUUCCGUGCUGUUCUGCCUUAUUAUCAUCGCUGCAGUCCGCAUACAGAAGAGGUACCUUUCGGAGGAUAGCGACCAUUCAGAGAUGUUUAUGGUCGCCAACCGUUCCGUUGGGACCGGAUUGACUGCCUCGGCCGUCUUCUCUAGCUGGAUGUGGAUCAAUGAAAGUGUCUUUUCAGCUGCCUACACCUACAAAUGGGGUGUUGCUCUUCCCAUCUGGUGGGCAAGCGGGCUGUCCUUCCAGAUUGCUCUGAUGGCAGUGCUCGGUAUCGUGGCGAAGCUGCGAGUACCCUACGCACACACCUCGCUUGAGAUCAUCAAAAUGAGAUAUGGCAAAUACGCUCACUGGCUCUUCAUCUUACUGAACCUGGUCAACAAUGUCUUCGGCUGCGGCAGCAUGAUCCUCGCAGGUGCUCAAUUGGUGACUGGAAUGACUGGCAUGCACGUUAUCGCUGCAUGUAUCCUGAUUCCUGCAGGAGUUGUCAUCUAUACGGCCGUUGGCGGACUCAAGGCCACAUUCUUGACCGACUUCCUUCAUACCACCAUCGCUCUGAUCCUUCUGAUCUACUUCUCUCUUGCGGUUUUGACGAAUGAGCACAUUGGCGGACCCUCGGGUUUGUACGAGAAAGUUAAAGCCACGAACGAUUAUAUUCCAGGCAACUAUAAAGGCUCGCUGUUGACCAUGAAAUCCAAGAGCUCACUCCUUUUCGGCCUCGUGCUGAAAUUCGGCAACCUUGCACUUGUGCUCAUGGACACGGCCUUCUGGCAAAAAUCGUUCGCCUCCGAGGUGCAUUCGACUGUUCCAGCUUACGACCUUGUCUCUGUCGUCAUCCUCGCCAUACCUUGGUGCACCGGCACUAUCAUCGGUCUAAGUGCCCGCGCAAUCGAAAAGACUCCUGUCUGGUUCGACUAUCCCAAUACCCUCACGCUCACUCAGGUGAAUUCCGGCCUCGUUAUGCCAUACGUGCUCAGGUCACUGCUUGGCACAGGUGCCACCGCUGGUCUGCUUGUUCUCAUAUUCAUGGCCAUCACGAGUACCGUCAGCUCAUCCAUGAUAGCGGUCAGCAGUAUCAUCUCGCUAGACUUCUUCCGCACCUACAUCGACCCUCGUGCGUCCGACCGCAAGACUCUGAAGGUGAGCCACUGGGGUGUCGUGUUUCAUGGCUGCUUCAUGGCUGGCUUCGCCAUCAUGCUGGAGUACGCUGGCGCGACUAACAACUGGUCCACUUACUUUCGACCCAUCAUUGCCUGUCCUGGCAUCUUACCCAUGAUCCUGACGCUCCUUUGGUCUAGACAGACGAAGUUGGCGGCCAUAUUGGGUCCCAUCCUUGGGCUUUUGUCCGGAGUGGCGACUUGGCUUUCCCUAUCAUGGAAGUGGUCCGGCGUAAUCAACAUUACAUCGACUCAGGAUCAAUUGCCAGGCCUUUACGGCGCUAUCGUGUCUUUCUUCAGUCCAGCACUAUAUUCCGUCAUCAUCUCGUUGGUCUGGCCGAGUCGUUUCGACUGGCGCGAGUUCCUCAGAAUUGACCUUAUCGAAGACAGCAGCCAGCCAAACAGCUCUCUGCAAUCCAAACUACCCAGCAGCGAAGCCGUGAAUGAGUCACUCAAGACGGAAGACGGCUCCGAGAAAGGAACCUAUCUGACAGGCGCGGAGAAGGGUGGCCCACUUACUGGUCCACCACACCAUCCAGUGAAUACCCAAAUCCCUAUUGAUGAAGUUGUCCACCCUUUCGACAACGAGACACUCCGACAUAUCAAGAAGUGGUUCAAGAUAGCCAGCAUCUACUUUGUCAUCAAUGUCCUGGUCACUAUCGUCCUUUGGCCUUUGCCCCUAUACCGAGACUGGAUCUUUACAAAGAGCUUCUUUGGCGGCUGGGUCACCAUGGCUAUCAUCUGGCAUUUCGGCGCGAUCUUCGCUGUUAUCGUAUAUCCGUUUUGGGACGGGCGACAUGAGAUUGCUCGAGCAGUCCGUGGAAUGGUGAGAGAGUGGAAAGGAAGGAAAUGAGACGAGACA